AUGGUGAAAAAAAAGAAAGCAGCUGAUACUAUGUUGAUUGUUGGUGGUGGUCCUACUGGUGUUGAACUUGCUACAGAAAUAGCAGUCGAUUUUCCUCUGAAGAAAGUAACUUCAUUGCAUAAAAGGUCCAAAUUACGAGAGUUCAUUGGACCAAAAGUGCCUAACAAGACUUUAGAAUGGUUAAAGAAAAAGAAUGUGGAAGUGAAACUGAUGCAAUCUUUCGAUUUGAGUAAUAACAUGAAAACUCAGGUGGAAACUGAAUGUAUUUCAGUUCGUCUAGGGAAACUAUCAGAGCGGGUUGCCAUUUUAUUUGCACGGAGAAGACACACCGAGUUCAAAGUGGUUAAGGGAGACGUAUUAAAGGACCGAAUCGAUAAUUUUGGAAGACUGAAGGUUGAUGAAAAUCUUAGAAUCAAUGGUCUGUAA